GGUAAGUAAAAUCGCCAGUUUUUUGCUAUAGGUGGCGCUGGAUGAUUGCCUUGGUUCCUUGGUUAGGCCUUGGUCGUGGUCGUGCUCUGACUACACAAAGACUGGUCUACAGCAGGUGAACCUGGCCAAAGAAGUAUUACUUGGACGCGUGCGAGCUGCGAUGGCUGAAGCAGCAACGUCUCUGCAAGGUGAUAUGGCUGGGAGUCCUGAUCAUUGUGAUAUCUCUGGUGAUGUCACUUCGAAUAGAAACCAACAGAGUUUAGAAGACGAGAAAGAAAAGAUAGACGCAGUCGUUAGUGAGGACAUUGGCAUCUGUGAAGGCACGUCUGCGGGUGUUUCCAAGUCUAAUGACGUAGAUGAAAAAAUUCACAAGGCAGAAGAAUACAAAACGGCUGGAAACACAUUGUACAAGGAAAAAAACUACAGGAGUGCUGCAGGGAAAUACCAUCGAGCCCUGCUUUACUUGAAGGCAUUAACAUGUAAGAAUCCAAUCUACAGCAUGUCUCCAGAAUUAAGUAAAACCAACAAUGAUGGGCUAUCAGAGCAGCAGGAAAUGAAGAUUUCGUUGUUAUCCGUGGAUUGCUACAAUAAUUUAGCAGCUGCCGUUGCUCCAAUAUCUCUGGCCAAUAAAGUAUGACCGAGUGUUGAGUGGCGGGACACAAGAGGCCCUCGAGAAUGUCG